AAGGAGGCUGAGACGGAAACCACAGAGACGCACCUCGCGCAGUCACGGAGCAAACGGGCGCUGAAAAAAAAGAGCAUCCCCCAGGGAUGGGUUCAACCCCAGAAUGGGCCACCGGCACCUGGCGCAGCGAAGUUUCCGCCCGACUCCAGGCGGCCAGGGGAUCACGGGGCCCGCCGGUGCGCACCUCCUCGAACGUUACCACGAAUGCCAAUGUCGAGCGUGGUAGCGAGGGCCCCUCUUCGGCUAUUACCAGCCUACGGGACUUCUUGUCAGCCGUUCCACGCCCCGAUACCGUGACCGGGGCUUUCUCUUCCGACUCAGCCUUCGAAUCUCCUACGGUUGCGGCACCCGAUUUCCACGGAUCACCAUAUGCCACCAACCUGGCUCUUGCUGCCUCGGCAUCGCAUGUUCCUGCAACUGAACCGCAACCAAACGAGGAACGAGGUCUGCUGCGAGUGAAUCAGAACGUGAAGCGAGCGGCUAGUCCGGAGUUUUCGAGCCCAGAUGGUCUGCUGGAGGUGGAGCAGGAAACAGACGGUGAUGGCAGGCGCAAGAAGAGCAAACGAAGUUCAAACGCUGCCGUUCAGGGAGGGAGAGGGUUACCAAAGUUUGCUUGCCCCUAUUUCAAGAGGAACCCGAGGAAGUAUCGCAAGUGGACUUCGUGUCCCGGGCCGGGAUGGGACGAGGUUCACCGGGUCAAAACGCACCUCUACAGACGGCACCCCCUUCCCAUCCAAUGCCCCCGGUGUUGGGAACCGUUUAAGACAGACGCCCAGCUCCAGGCACAUCUGCAACAAAACCCGCCGUGCCCCAUCCAAAGCAACCGCACGCUUCAGGAAGGAUUUACCAAGGACCAGGAAAAGAAGCUGCGAAGCCGCAAGAAGACGCAUGCGGACAUGACUGACGAGGAGAAGUGGCGGGAGAUUUACAUGAUCCUCUUUCCGGACGACGACCCGGACACCAUUCCAUCGCCAUACUACAGCGAAUCCGAGGAUGGCGGGGAUAACCACAACUCGGGACUUUCUGGCGAGUUGGAGGACUACGCCACCUUCAUCCGCCGAGAGAUGCCCACGCUCGUGCGGCGGGAGCUCGAGACGUUGUUCCGGGAAGAAUACCCGGACAUCGAGGAGCGAAUCCGUCCCCGCGUUGCCGACAUUGUCCUGAGUCUGCAACCCAGGCUUCUGAGCCUCUACAGACAGUCACAGAUGCCCCUGAGCGAGUACGGUCCACAGCAGCAUGCAGAGACGGGAAGGACUGCGAGCGGCAGCGAGCCGACCCUCACGCCCCUCUUGUCUCAAGGCACGGACCCGGGAUCGGGGUCAGAGCCUCACUCGACUCCGGACAUGGUGGUGGGAGCCAGCAACAUAACUUUGGACGAGCUCGAAGCACAGCUAGGUCUUGGUGCUAGUGGUCUGGGCAUCCAGUGGAACAGCAUCGGUCCUGUGCCCCAAGUGCCGCCGAUACAGCCACCAGAGGGCGAUGUUGGACUCGCGUUAGAUUCGUUCGACUGGGACUAUGAUUUCGAUAAGUGGCUGAACCCUGCUCUCUUCAUGCCGCCCGUUGGAGGGAACUACACAGCGGGUCCUUCGGCCAGGGCGCAGCGACACAAUCGUGGUUAAUAGAGCUUAGAGGACUUUCAGGGCGCUCAUCCCUAGGUAAUUAUGUCCCGUUGACAUUCGACGGAAUCGAAUGGUUUCAAUGACCCAGCUUGAGCCACGGUUAAUUAAUUACACUAUC